CCAACCAAAGCCUUCGGCAGUGGGCGAGGGAGCGCGCGCUCCUGCCUCUCCUCCGCACGUGACCCCUCCCCGGAACGUGGCAUUGUGUAAUCACGUGACCCGAGCGGGGAAGGACGGGGGCGAGGGAGGGGGGUUGCGUACGCGACGGAGCGGGGUGCGAAGAUGGCGGAUGAGGAGGCUGAGCAGGAGAGCGGUAACCUCGGUGGCGGCCUCCUGGAGCUGCAGCGCCUGCGAGAGCGGCUGCUGGAGCUGGAGAGCGGGCUCCGGGAGAGCGCGGAGCCGGCCGUGGAGGCGGCCACCGAGUACUGUCAGCAGCUGUGCCAGACACUCCUAGAAUAUGCAGAAAAGUGGAAGACCUCGGAAGAUCCCUUGCCGUUGUUGCAGGUGUACACAGUGGCAAUCCGAAGCUACGUGAAAGCACGACCUUACCUUACCUCUGAGUGUGAAAAAGUAGCCUUUGUGCUUGAACGCUUAGCACUAAGCUGUGUUGAACUUUUACUUUGUCUGCCUCUUGAAUUACCAGAAAAUCAAUGGGAAGAGUUUCAAGCCUUUGUACAGGUGGCUCAUGAAAAGUUGAUGGAGAACGGUAGCUGUGAAUUACAUUUUUUAGCUACACUUACUCAAGAGAAGGGUGUGUGGAAGAAUCCAGUGCUGUGCAGUAUUCUUUCCCAGGAACCACUGGAUGAGGAUAAAGUGAAUGAAUUUUUAGUGUUUGAAGGCCCCAUUUUGCUGGAUAUGCGAAUUAAACAUCUAAUGAAAGCAAAGCAGUUGACUCAAGCAACUUCCCUGGCAAAGUUGUGCUCUGACCACCCAGAAAUCAGCACCAAAGGCAAUUUUAAGCAAACCUACCUGGUCUGUCUUUGUUCAGGAUCACCAAAUGAAAAGCUAAUGGAGGAGAUCGCAGCAGUAGAUUGCAAAGAUGCCCUGGAAAUGAUCUGUAACCUAGAGUCUGAUGGAGAUGAAAAAAGUGCUCUAAUUUUAUGUGCAGCGUUUUUAUCUCGUCAGCUACAGCAAGGAGAGAUGUACUGUGCCUGGGAAUUGACUCUCUUCUGGAGCAAACUGCAGCAAAGGGUAGAGCCUUCUGUACAAGUGUAUCUAGAGAGGUGUCGUCAACUUUCGGUGUUAACUAAGACGGUUUAUCAUAUAUUCUUCCUGAUUAAAGUAAUUAAUUCAGAGAUUGAAGCUGCUGGACUUGCAACCUGUAUUGAACUGUGUGUGAAAGCACUGCGCUUGGAAUCCAGUGAAAACACAGAUGUCAAGAUAUCCAUUUGCAAGACUAUCUCCUGUUUGUUGCCCGAUGAUUUGGAGGUUAAACGUGCUUGUCAAUUAAGUGAAUUUCUUCUUGAGCCCACUGUGGAUGCAUACUAUGCUGUUGAAAUGCUGUAUAAUCAGCCUGACCAGAAAUAUGAUGAAGAGAAUCUUCCAAUACCAAAUUCAUUACGCUGCGAGCUCUUGCUUGUAUUGAAAACUCAGUGGCCUUUUGAUCCAGAAUUCUGGGACUGGAAAACUCUAAAACGUCAGUGUCUUGCAUUGAUGGGAGAAGAGGCAUCCAUUGUAUCUUCAAUAGAUGAGUUGAAUGACAGUGAAGUAUAUGAGAAGGUCGAAGAUUGCCAAGAGGAGAAUAAAGAAACUUCUCUGAAUGGUCUUGCUGGCAAUUUUGAUGAAGCUACAAGCCUGCUUAAAAGCAUAAGAGAUGAAAAGCAGAAAAAGAGAGAAAUUAAAAAACUGAGAGAGAGGGGAUUCAUAUCAGCUAGGUUUAGGAACUGGCAAGCCUACAUGCAGUAUUGCGUGUUAUGUGACAAAGAAUUCCUUGGUCAUAGAAUAGUUAGGCAUGCACAGAAACACUAUAAAGAUGGAAUUUACAGUUGUCCUAUAUGUGCACACAAUUUUAAUUCCAAAGAAACCUUUGUUCCUCAUGUAACUCUGCAUGUUAAGAAGUCCAGCAAAGAGAGACUGGCUGCUAUGAAACCACUGAGAAGAUUGGGAAGACCUCCUAAAAUAGCAACCACCAGUGAGAAUCAGAAGGCUGAUGCCAUAUCCAAGCAGGAACAACGACCCAUUAAAAAGAAUAGUCUUUAUUCAGCAGAUUUCAUAGUGUUCAACGAUAACGAUGGUUCAGAUGAUGAAAAUGAUGACAAAGAUAAACCUUAUGUACCAGAGAUAAUACCAGUUCAAAAACCAUUGCCUGUUAAUGAAUUCACAUGUCCAGUAACAUUUUGUAAAAAAGGUUUUAAAUACUUUAAAAAUUUGAUUGCACAUGCAAAAGGGCAUAAAGAUAAUGAAGAAGCAAAACGUUUUCUUGAAAUGCAAAGCAAAAAAGUGAUUUGCCAGUACUGUAGACGACAUUUUGUAAGUGUUACUCACCUCAACGAUCACUUACAAAUGCACUGUGGCAGCAAGCCCUACAUCUGCAUACAGAUGAAAUGUAAGGCAGGUUUUAACAGUUACGCUGAGCUGUUAACUCAUAGAAAAGAACAUCAAGUCUUUAGAGCAAAGUGUAUGUUUCCUAAAUGUGGCAGAGUGUUUUCAGAAGCAUAUUUGCUCUAUGAUCAUGAAGCACAACACUAUAAUACCUAUACCUGCAAAUUCACAGGCUGUGGAAAAGUUUACCGUUCUCAGAAUGAACUAGAAAAACAUGGUGAAGAUCAUAAUAAGCAGCCUGAAAAAGUGCUAGAGAUUGAAGGCCAGACUAAUCGAACUGAUCUCAUUCAAUCUUCAAAAGCUAAUGAAAACCCUGAAGGGAUCACUGUAAAAAAGGAAUUGAUCUCUCCUCUAGACGAUAACACAAGUAACUUUACUGAAGCAGAAAGUAACUUGUGGGAUCAAGUCAAAGUCAAAUCAAUUGGGACAGAGAGAGCAAAUAAAUCAGCCAGUGCACUGAGGCAAGCUGAUUCCCUGUCUGUUGAUGGUUUGGAGCAUUCUGUCACUGGUCUGGUAAAGAAAGGAGCAACAAUUAGAAUCAGCAAUAUCAGGAUGCCUAUUCUUAGCCAGAAGGUCCAGGAUAACUUUGUAAGACGAGGAAAAUUAGCUUCUGCAGGCAGUAAAAUAGAUACCAGUAAAUCUGUAGUCCAACAGUUGUGUUCAACAGCAGAAUAUUCUUGCAGUGAUUGUCUUCCAGUUUUCCAGGAAAGAAAGGAGGAGGAUUGUUUCAGUCAAUCCCAGAAUAUUCAAAACAUUUCUGUAAAUUCAGACACACCAAAACCAGAAGCUCUUGCAUCAAAAAGCCUAGACAGACAAGUAAGUAAUAUGAUGCCCUUCAGCAUGCAGAAUCAGACAGGUUUUCGAAACAACUUACCCAUUUCCAAACUUCAAGACGGUAUUAAGAGUGCAACUAAUCCGUUUAAUUUGCCCCUGAAGACAUUAGAGAGUAUUAUAUUUCUUCCAUCACAGUCCAGCCUAAGCAGUUCUUUAGUUCCAGCUGUACCACCGGUAGCACCAGUUCAAAAAUUUAACUGUCAAGUUGAGGGAUGUACUCGAACCUACAACUCCUCACAAAGUAUUGGCAAGCAUAUGAAGGCAGCACACCCUGAUCAAUAUGCUGCUUUUAAAAUGCAGCGUAAGAAUAAGAAAACCAAAAAACCCAGCAAUUUGCAAAAUAUGCCUAGUGAUGGAAAGAUUGUGUAUUUUUUGCCAUCACAAGUAGACAACCCCAAUAAUGCUGCUUUUACAUCACAAAACAAAACCAGUGUAAAUUCUGCUUGUGCGAGUCAGUUGCAACAUGUCUCAAAUACACUUUUCCCAACCCACUUAGAAACUUUAUCUAAUCCAAUGAUACCAACAGUGGAAAGUGUCAUAAAUCCAGUCUGUAUUAAAAGUGAACCUGAGAGUGUUUUAUGUUCCCAAAUGGAAAAUCUAUCUAGUACGACUUUACCUUCACAAUUAGAAGAUCUAGCAAAAACAGUUAUGCCUUUGAAUAUUGACAGUGGUUCAGAUCCCUUUCUUUCUUUACCUGCCGAAAGCAAUUCCAUUUCUCUCUUUCCUUCACCAGCAGAGCAUGUCCCAAAUUCAGUCUUCUCACAGCUGGAAAACAAUACAAAUCAUUUUUCAUCACAGCUAGAAGGAAACACUAGUUCUGUAUUUCCAAAGGAGGAAAGUAUUGAUGAACCAAUCUUUUCUUCUCGAGCAAAUAGUGAAAAUAACUUCAGUGAAACCACCUCCCAAGUUCCAGCUUCAGAAAAAGUGAAAAAGGAUCGUGGACGGGGUCCAAAUGGAAAAGAAAGGAAGCCAAAACAUAACAAGCGAGCGAAAUGGCCAGCAAUAAUUAGAGAUGGCAAAUUUAUCUGUAGUAGGUGUUUCAGAGUUUUUACUAAUCCCAGAUCACUUGGUGGUCACUUGUCUAAACGGUCUGUUUGUAAACCCAUUGAGGGAUCAGAAAUUUCUCCAGAAGCCCUGCAGACUAAUGGACAAUCAUCUCUACUUGCCAGUAUGAUUCUUUCCUCAAAUGUAGGAAACUUGCAGCAACCCCAGGAGUCUACAUUCAAUCCAGAAGCAUGUUUUAAAGAUCCGUCAUUCUUACAGUUGCUUACAGCUGAAAAUCGUUCAGCUGCUUUUUUGCAGACCAUGUUUCCACGGGCUAGUGUGGCUAACUUUAAUCCAAGUGGGAAUGAGGAAGGAAAUGAAAUUAUUAAACAAGCCUUGGAAACUGCAGGCAUUCCAAGUACAUUUGAUAACACUGAAAUGCUUCCACAUAUAGUUACAACUAGCUGUGUCACUGGUACAACUCAAAUGAAUGCAGCGGUUCUCUCCAAUCCAACCGUAUCCUCUCUCUUGCAGACAGUCUGCAACCCAAGUACCGUACUUCCAAACCAAAACCGUGCCCUAAACAACAAAAUUCCUUCAUCGGAUGACUGCAACAAUUUGCCUGUUUUUGCAACAGAUGAUUUAAUGCUAAAGACUAUUGAAAAUGGCUUGUGCUCUGGCUCAUUUUCUAAUUCUGUUGCAGCAGCACAGAAUUUUGCAGGUAAUAGUUCACGAGUUUCUGUUAUAAAUAGUCCCAAGAAUUCAGGAUCAAAUACUUUGAAUAAGAAGGGGAGCAGUGCGUCAAAGAGAAAGAAAAAAGCAGCUACUCCAUUGCUUGCACCUAACGCUUCACAAAAAUUAGUAGUAAAUGAUUUAACAGCAAUGGGACUUCUAGCCAAAAGCAUUGAAGGGAGUGUGCAAGUACCAACAGAUAGUUUUCAGUCAAACUUACUGGCAAACUGUGAGUCUCAGGUGUUGGUGGAAAAUCUUACACAAAAACUAAAUAAUGUUGACAAUCAGUUAUUCGUGCCCAGUGUCAAAGAAAACUUCAAAACUAAUCUUGAGUCUCAUGCAGCAUUAGCUCCUUUAACAAUAAAAACUGAAAAUGGUGACUCUCAAAUGAUGACUCUGAAUGCCUGUGCUCAAGGAAAUUCUGAUUUACAGAUUUCAGAGGACAAUGUUAUUCAAAACUUUGAGAAAACCCUUGAAAUAAUUAAGACUGCUAUGAAUUCCCAAAUGCUUGAGGUAAAAAAUGAAAUCCAGGAUGCUGUCAUUGAGUCAACCAAGAAUACACAAGUAAAUACUACGAAACUCCCUCCAGCAAACUGUUCACAGAAUAUUAAGUUACCCAACCAUACCCAGUUUGCAGUACGCACUAGAGAUGUCAUCACUGCAAAGAGUAACUCUUCUCAACCUGAAACUUCUCAAAAGGAUGAUGUUCAAGUGUUGGAGAUUUUAGAGGGUUUGCAGAAACUGAGAUUAGAAAAUGAUACAUCCAGUCAGGUGUCUGAUAGUGUGUCUCAGUGUCCUCCAACGGAUACUCUAGCACCGCUUACUGCUGUUGCUGUUGUAUCAACUGAGAAUACAUCCGUGGCCCAGCCAUCUUCAGAGACCAGUAAUAUUCAAUUUAGUGACAAAGUCCACAAGCCUUUCGUCUGCCAGGACCAAGGCUGUGAUUAUAGUGCUAUGACAAAGGAUGCAUUAUUUAAACACUAUGGCAAGGUACAUCAGUACACUGCAGAAAUGAUACUGGAAAUCAAGAAGCAUCAAUUGAAAUAUGCCCCAUUUAAAUGUGUUGUAACUACCUGUCCAAAAACAUUCACAAGAAAUUCAAAUCUCCGAGCACACUGUCAGCUGGUGCAUCACUUCACAACGGAGGAAAUGGUAAAAUUAAAAAUAAAAAGACCUUAUGGAAGACGAUCUCAUAAUGAAGCUAUAAACAUAACCCAACGGCCUAUUGAAAUAAAAAAUCUGCAGACUCUAAUAAUGAAAAGUAAAAACGAACCUCGAUUGGUUAAAGGACUUGAAGUAAAGAAGGAGGCUGUCGUACAACCUGUGAAAAUCCCAGAAAAGCUAAUCCCAGAAAAAAAAAAUCCUGAAAAACUGGAAAAACCUCCACAGGUGCUUACUGUUCCUCCAGAGCCACAUAAUGCAGCGUCUUUCAGUAAUACACAGAUACAACCAAAAGUACGCAAAGUUAGGAGGCAUCGGAAGGAGAAAGAAGAAAGAAAACGCAGGAAACCAGUAACCAAAUCUCUUGAGUUUCCUACUAGAUAUAGUCCUUACAGACCAUACCGAUGUGUCCAUCAAGGCUGUUUUGCAGCUUUUACAAUACAGCAAAACCUGAUUCUUCAUUACCAGGCCGUUCACAAAUCAGAUUUGCCUGCCUUCUCUGUGGAGGUUGAAGAAGAAAGUGAGCCAAGUAAAGAAGAAUGUGAUGAAAUUGAAACCAAACAGACUGUGAAAGAAUUCAGGUGUGAAGUGAGUGACUGCUCGAGAAUAUUUCAGGAGGUUACUAGUCUGAUACAGCAUUAUAUGAAGCUUCAUGAGAUGACUCCUGAGGAAAUCGGAAGCAUGAAAUCAGCCCUGGAUGUUGGAAGAUUUCCAUGUGAUCAGUCUCAGUGUAAAUCUUCAUUUACAGCCUAUUUUAACUAUAUUCUACAUCUUGAAACAGACCAUGGAAUUAAGAUAAGGCCAAACAAAGUAGAAGAAGAUGGCAUAUACAAGUGUGAUUGUGAGGGCUGUGAUCGUAUGUACGCAACUAGAUCAAACCUUCUAAGACACAUUUUUAAUAAACAUAAUGAUAGGCAUAAAGAUCACUUAAUAAGGCCCAGGCGAUUAACACCAGGUCAGGAAAAUAUUUCCAGCAAGGCAAACCAAGAGAAGCCAAUAAAGUCUAAACAUAGAGGACUGAAACACAAUAGGUCAGGAAAGGAAGGAAACAGAUUGUCAAAGACCAAACGAAAGAAAAAUGUUAACUUGGAAAGCAAGAAUACAAAAGGUGGGCUGAUUCAAGAAAACAAGGCUUAUUCCCUGAAACGUGGAAAACAUGUGUAUUCGAUAAAGGCUAUGAAUGAUGCCUUAUCUGAAUGUACAAGCAGGUUUGUAACACAGUAUCCUUGUAUGAUAAAAGGAUGUUCCUCAGUUGUUACAAGUGAGAGUAAUAUAAUUAGACAUUAUAAAUGUCAUAAGUUAUCUAAGGCAUUUACUUCACAACACAGAAAUCUUCUUAUUGUCUCAAAAAAACACUCUGUCUCUCAAGUAAAGGAAGCAUCCUCUGAACAAGAGGAAGCUAAUAAAAAAAGUGAUGUGAAAGAGUCUGAUCCAUGUUUGCCAGAGAGCAAUGAUGACUUGAGUACCUCUGCAUUACCACAGAGUGAAAUUGAAAAAGGUGAGAAAGAUGAAGUGGAUGAACUGACAGAACUCUUCAUUACUAAACUGAUUAAUGAGGAUUGCACGUGUGCUGAAAAUCCAGCUAAGACCUCUUCCAGUGUAAAUAGUAACUUUCAGGAAACUGUCUCCUGCCACUCAGAAAAGCAAAAAUCAAAUAAUUUAAAGAGAGCAAAUAAAGAAAAAAACCUCUCUCAGAAUAAAAAGAGAAGACUUGAGAAACCUGAAGAAGUACUGGCAGUUGAAUUAAGUAGUAUGCGUAGGGAGGAAGAAACUGCUGUUGCUAUUCAGACGGCUGAAGAGCAACCCACAACUUUCGAUUGGAGUUCAUUUAAGCCUAUGGGAUUUGAAGUAUCGUUUCUCAAGUUCCUUGAAGAGUCUGCUGUGAAGCAAAAGAAAAAUGCUGAGAGAGACUACCAUAGCAGUGGAACCAAAAAAGGGUCUCAUUCAAACUCAAAAAAAUCCAGUGAAAAGACCUCAUUGGCAAGUAGUAACAUUACAUGGUCCUGUACUGAAAGCGAAACCCUUGUACAGUUUGCCAACCCAUCACAACUUCAGUGUAGUGAUAAAGUAAAAAUAGUUUUAGACAAGACUCUUAAAGACUGCACUGAGCUUGUGUUGAAGCAACUUCAGGAAAUGAAACCUACUGUCAGUCUGAAAAAACUUGAAGGACAUUGGGAGGAUGAUCCAGCGGCUACAGUUGCAAAAGAAAUUCUUGUGGGUAAUGAGGAAGGGGAAUCACAUUACUGAUAACUGUGUUUUAAACAUGACCUGUAAUACAUUUUUAUUUUGAAUAGGAAGCCAUCAAGCAUGCUAGUAAUUGUGAAGCUUUUUUAUUUUGUUGAAGUGAUUUAAGCUAGCAGAAACAUGACAUUAGUCAUGUAAAUUUCUUAUUUGUUUUUAUCCCUAUGGGACUUGAGGAACAGAAUCAUUGCUUCAGUUUUGUAAAUAGUUGAUCAGAACUUCAACUUUCUAUCAAAUUGUCCUUUCCAUUAACUAAAUCUUUGUGAAUUGUCUGUGAUUGGUAUCUUUCACCAGGUCACUUCUCAUGUAUAACAGUACUCUUUAUUUGUAGAUACAUUUUUUGUAUAUAUUUAUUAUUGUAAAUCAUUUGCUGCCACCAGCAGUCUGUAAGUCUAAACUAUUAAAUGACACAUUUAUAUUCGGAAUUUUAAUUUGUAACUAAGCGAUCAAGUUUUUAAAAUUGUCCUUUAAUUGUUUUAAAUUAAGAACUUUUUGAACUAAACCUAGAUAAGUCUGCCAUAUCCAGUUUAUUUUGCUUAAAGCAUUUAUUUACAGGAAAGAAGCUGGAUAGGAUCACAUUUCAUAUGUUCAACACAUACUGACAGUUCUCAUUUUUUGUAAAUUUUAACAUCCAGUAUCUUUGGAUGGUAUUCAUAUGUAGUUAAGUCAUAAAUUUAAAUAGUUUUCCUAUAACUACAUUUUUCAUUGCUUUUAAUUGGGUACAAAGCUAUUAUGAUUCCAUAAUACAAUGGAAAUGUGAAUAAAAAUAGUUUGCUACAUUGAAGAUUUUAAACAGCAUUUGGUAUUGAAGAACCUAUUGUGAAUGUGAUAGAAAAUUAGUAGUGUGGAGCAGUAUAUAUAUUUGAGGUGGUGAUUUGUGAAGUAGCCCAGUAUUGCCUUAAAUAAAAUCACAUUUCAUUUCUUGUUUUAUA